AUGUCUCCUAAAGUGGAUAAACAGAAGCGUAGGAGAAACACUCUAAAAUUGAGUGAGAAACUUGAAAUUAUCAAGAAACUUGAAUCAGGAGUUAGUAUUUCUGUUCUAAUGGAAACGUAUGACAUUGGAAAGUCUACCAUUUAUGAUAUAAAAAAUGCCAAAAAUAAAAUUCUACCGUUUACAGCCUCAUCUGAGCCUUACAAAAAAAUUGCAGAAAGAAAAAGUUUACAUAAGCCAAAGUUAGAAAACCUUGAUAAGGUUUUGCAUGAAUGGUUUUUGAUUAAACGAUCAGAAGAUAUGGCAAUUUCUGGGCCAAUGCUAAUCACCAAAGCAAAAUCUUUUAAGGAGCAAAUGAACAUUGAUUCUGAAUCAGAUUAUAGUGCAACAUUUGAAAAAAUUGUCAUUGACUAUGAUCUCACACCUGAUCAAAUUUACAAUGCAGAUGAAACAGGUGUUUUCUGGAAAUUUCUGCCCACUAAAACUCUGGCUGGAAACCAAGAACGAAAUGCUAAAGGUUUUAAGAUGAAUAAAGAAAGACUUACUGUCCACCAGCAUAAAAUUAAGCUUCUGGUGAUUGGCAAAUAUAAGCGACCACGGGCAUUUAAAGGAGUUUUGCACCUCCCUGUGUCUUAUAAAGCUCAAAAAAAUGCUUGGAUGGACAAAGACAUUUUUCAAGAUUGGUUUGUUACGGAUUUUAUUCCAUCAGUCCGCCAGAACCUAACAAAUUUGGGAAAACCUGCUAACACAAAGUGCUUGCUGCUUCUUGACAACUGUAGGGCUCACCCCCAUGAAUCAAAAUUAGUGUCUGAUUGUGGAAAUAUUUUUGCAUCUUACUUGCCACCAAAUGUAACAUCACUAAUUCAGCCCAUGGACCAAGGAGUCAUUAUGAACUUCAAAUGCCAUUAUAAAAAUGACUUUAUGAUGAAAAUGUUAAACAAGGAUGUUGAUUCUAUAGAAUUUCAAUGUAGCUUUACAAUAAAAGAUGCAGUGUUUUCUCUUUUAACUGCAUGGAACGCAGUCAAGCCUGUAACUCUUUUAAGAGCGUGGCGGAAGUUAUGGCCAAAUGUGAUGCAUGAAGAGCUAGAGUGUGAGGAAAAUGAAGAUUUUGAAGAGUUCCUUGUAGAGCAGAGAGCAUCUGAAGUGAAUGAACUCAUGCAAUCUGUCAAAUUAGCUCAGGAAGACAACCCUCUAUGCAAACUUUAUGAAGAGGACCUAGAAGAGUGGAUAUGCAUUGAAGAUGAUGUUGAGAUUGCAGCCACUUUUACUGAUCAAGAAAUCAUUGACAGCAUCACAAAUCCAGAUCAGACAGAGGAGCACACUUCUGAAAAAUCUGAUGAAGAAGAUGACAGACUUGAAACUGAAAAGGUAUCUUGGGCUACUGCUGAAAAAUGCAUGGAAACCAUUGUGAAAUUUGUGGAACAAAACCAUAGCUUUACACUCCAAGACGUCAUGCAAGUGCACAUGGUGCAAAAUAAUUUUAUCACAAAGAAAUUACAAAGUCGCAGACAAUGUGACAUACGAAGAUAUUUACAGAAAACAAUAGAAGCAUCUGCCAUCCAAACUACCAAUCAACUGCAGCAGCAAACACACACAACACUCAAUCCACAAACAGAUCACCUUGCACAGCAGAAGAAGAAAACAUGUCAUAUGCAGAAUGAUGAGAGCAAAAGGAAAUCCCCAUCUAUAUUUGAUGUCAUUCUUUCUCAGCAGGAGUGUAAGCGGUCUCAUGGCAUAUCUUUUCUGUAG